UCUCCUGCCAACCACUGUUGCCCCAACAACCACCACCACCACUGUGGCUUCCACUACGGCAAUUAAAACUGCAGGUCCUCCAACAACAACCACAAUUGUACUUCCUACAACGACAACUGCAACUUUGACCUCAACUUCUAUGUCUUCAGUGACAUCAACAACUAGAUUUGGCACAGUGAUGUUUUUUGUUAGACUGAUGUUCCAGCUCAACACACCAGUCCCCACUAAGGAUGAUGUCCUUGGUGCCGUCGACAAGCAACUGUAUCGUCAAUUCAACAAUCAGACAAACACUCAAACCACCUUCCAGAAUGGAACUUAUAUCAAACUUACAGAUACUUCAUUUGCCGUCGAUCUUGGUUUCAAAAUAACCAAUGUAACCAUGGUGUCGCAAAGUAAUAGCCUCACAUUCACCAAUGAGACCUACAGCCAGAUAGAGGAUUCAAUUAACAGCCUACUCCAUGAUAUUCUUUGUAAACCAGACAGCAAACAGUUUGACUUUCCCAAACCCAUCUUCACUACUGUUGGCACUCCAAUCAGGGCAGAAGUGAUGUAUGUAUACAAAAAGGAAGACAUCAACCUCCCUAGUGCUUUUCUAGAGGAAGUCUUAAAAGUCUCAGGUCUCCUGCCAACCACUGUUGCCCCAACAACCACCACCACCACUGUGGCUUCCACUACGGCAAUUAAAACUGCAGGUCCUCCAACAACAACCACAAUUGUACUUCCUACAACGACAACUGCAACUUUGACCUCAACUUCUAUGUCUUCAGUGACAUCAACAACUAGAUUUGGCACAGUGAUGUUUUUUGUUAGACUGAUGUUCCAGCUCAACACACCAGUCCCCACUAAGGAUGAUGUCCUUGGUGCCGUCGACAAGCAACUGUAUCGUCAAUUCAACAAUCAGACAAACACUCAAACCACCUUCCAGAAUGGAACUUAUAUCAAACUUACAGAUACUUCAUUUGCCGUCGAUCUUGGUUUCAAAAUAACCAAUGUAACCAUGGUGUCGCAAAGUAAUAGCCUCACAUUCACCAAUGAGACCUACAGCCAGAUAGAGGAUUCAAUUAACAGCCUACUCCAUGAUAUUCUUUGUAAACCAGACAGCAAACAGUUUGACUUUCCCAAACCCAUCUUCACUACUGUUGGCACUCCAAUCAGGGCAGAAGUGAUGUAUGUAUACAAAAAGGAAGACAUCAACCUCCCUAGUGCUUUUCUAGAGGAAGUCUUAAAAGUCUCAGGUCUCCUGCCAACCACUGUUGCCCCAACAACCACCACCACCACUGUGGCUUCCACUACGGCAAUUAAAACUGCAGGUCCUCCAACAACAACCACAAUUGUACUUCCUACAACGACAACUGCAACUUUGACCUCAACUUCUAUGUCUUCAGUGACAUCAACAACUAGAUUUGGCACAGUGAUGUUUUUUGUUAGACUGAUGUUCCAGCUCAACACACCAGUCCCCACUAAGGAUGAUGUCCUUGGUGCCGUCGACAAGCAACUGUAUCGUCAAUUCAACAAUCAGACAAACACUCAAACCACCUUCCAGAAUGGAACUUAUAUCAAACUUACAGAUACUUCAUUUGCCGUCGAUCUUGGUUUCAAAAUAACCAAUGUAACCAUGGUGUCGCAAAGUAAUAGCCUCACAUUCACCAAUGAGACCUACAGCCAGAUAGAGGAUUCAAUUAACAGCCUACUCCAUGAUAUUCUUUGUAAACCAGACAGCAAACAGUUUGACUUUCCCAAACCCAUCUUCACUACUGUUGGCACUCCAAUCAGGGCAGAAGUGAUGUAUGUAUACAAAAAGGAAGACAUCAACCUCCCUAGUGCUUUUCUAGAGGAAGUCUUAAAAGUCUCAGGUCUCCUGCCAACCACUGUUGCCCCAACAACCACCACCACCACUGUGGCUUCCACUACGGCAAUUAAAACUGCAGGUCCUCCAACAACAACCACAAUUGUACUUCCUACAACGACAACUGCAACUUUGACCUCAACUUCUAUGUCUUCAGUGACAUCAACAACUAGAUUUGGCACAGUGAUGUUUUUUGUUAGACUGAUGUUCCAGCUCAACACACCAGUCCCCACUAAGGAUGAUGUCCUUGGUGCCGUCGACAAGCAACUGUAUCGUCAAUUCAACAAUCAGACAAACACUCAAACCACCUUCCAGAAUGGAACUUAUAUCAAACUUACAGAUACUUCAUUUGCCGUCGAUCUUGGUUUCAAAAUAAUCAAUGUAACCAUGGUGUCGCAAAGUAAUAGCCUCACAUUCACCAAUGAGACCUACAGCCAGAUAGAGGAUUCAAUUAACAGCCUACUCCAUGAUAUUCUUUGUAAACCAGACAGCAAACAGUUUGACUUUCCCAAACCCAUCUUCACUACUGUUGGCACUCCAAUCAGGGCAGAAGUGAUGUAUGUAUACAAAAAGGAAGACAUCAACCUCCCUAGUGCUUUUCUAGAGGAAGUCUUAAAAGUCUCAGGUCUCCUGCCAACCACUGUUGCCCCAACAACCACCACCACCACUGUGGCUUCCACUACGGCAAUUAAAACUGCAGGUCCUCCAACAACAACCACAAUUGUACUUCCUACAACGACAACUGCAACUUUGACCUCAACUUCUAUGUCUUCAGUGACAUCAACAACUAGAUUUGGCACAGUGAUGUUUUUUGUUAGACUGAUGUUCCAGCUCAACACACCAGUCCCCACUAAGGAUGAUGUCCUUGGUGCCGUCGACAAGCAACUGUAUCGUCAAUUCAACAAUCAGACAAACACUCAAACCACCUUCCAGAAUGGAACUUAUAUCAAACUUACAGAUACUUCAUUUGCCGUCGAUCUUGGUUUCAAAAUAAUCAAUGUAACCAUGGUGUCGCAAAGUAAUAGCCUCACAUUCACCAAUGAGACCUACAGCCAGAUAGAGGAUUCAAUUAACAGCCUACUCCAUGAUAUUCUUUGUAAACCAGACAGCAAACAGUUUGACUUUCCCAAACCCAUCUUCACUACUGUUGGCACUCCAAUCAGGGCAGAAGUGAUGUAUGUAUACAAAAAGGAAGACAUCAACCUCCCUAGUGCUUUUCUAGAGGAAGUCUUAAAAGUCUCAGGUCUCCUGCCAACCACUGUUGCCCCAACAACCACCACCACCACUGUGGCUUCCACUACGGCAAUUAAAACUGCAGGUCCUCCAACAACAACCACAAUUGUACUUCCUACAACGACAACUGCAACUUUGACCUCAACUUCUAUGUCUUCAGUGACAUCAACAACUAGAUUUGGCACAGUGAUGUUUUUUGUUAGACUGAUGUUCCAGCUCAACACACCAGUCCCCACUAAGGAUGAUGUCCUUGGUGCCGUCGACAAGCAACUGUAUCGUCAAUUCAACAAUCAGACAAACACUCAAACCACCUUCCAGAAUGGAACUUAUAUCAAACUUACAGAUACUUCAUUUGCCGUCGAUCUUGGUUUCAAAAUAACCAAUGUAACCAUGGUGUCGCAAAGUAAUAGCCUCACAUUCACCAAUGAGACCUACAGCCAGAUAGAGGAUUCAAUUAACAGCCUACUCCAUGAUAUUCUUUGUAAACCAGACAGCAAACAGUUUGACUUUCCCAAACCCAUCUUCACUACUGUUGGCACUCCAAUCAGGGCAGAAGUGAUGUAUGUAUACAAAAGGAAGACAUCAACCUCCCUAGUGCUUUUCUAGAGGAAGUCUUAAAAGUCUCAGGUCUCCUGCCAACCACUGUUGCCCCAACAACCACCACCACCACUGUGGCUUCCACUACGGCAAUUAAAACUGCAGGUCCUCCAACAACAACCACAAUUGUACUUCCUACAACGACAACUGCAACUUUGACCUCAACUUCUAUGUCUUCAGUGACAUCAACAACUAGAUUUGGCACAGUGAUGUUUUUUGUUAGACUGAUGUUCCAGCUCAACACACCAGUCCCCACUAAGGAUGAUGUCCUUGGUGCCGUCGACAAGCAACUGUAUCGUCAAUUCAACAAUCAGACAAACACUCAAACCACCUUCCAGAAUGGAACUUAUAUCAAACUUACAGAUACUUCAUUUGCCGUCGAUCUUGGUUUCAAAAUAACCAAUGUAACCAUGGUGUCGCAAAGUAAUAGCCUCACAUUCACCAAUGAGACCUACAGCCAGAUAGAGGAUUCAAUUAACAGCCUACUCCAUGAUAUUCUUUGUAAACCAGACAGCAAACAGUUUGACUUUCCCAAACCCAUCUUCACUACUGUUGGCACUCCAAUCAGGGCAGAAGUGAUGUAUGUAUACAAAAGGAAGACAUCAACCUCCCUAGUGCUUUUCUAGAGGAAGUCUUAAAAGUCUCAGGUCUCCUGCCAACCACUGUUGCCCCAACAACCACCACCACCACUGUGGCUUCCACUACGGCAAUUAAAACUGCAGGUCCUCCAACAACAACCACAAUUGUACUUCCUACAACGACAACUGCAACUUUGACCUCAACUUCUAUGUCUUCAGUGACAUCAACAACUAGAUUUGGCACAGUGAUGUUUUUUGUUAGACUGAUGUUCCAGCUCAACACACCAGUCCCCACUAAGGAUGAUGUCCUUGGUGCCGUCGACAAGCAACUGUAUCGUCAAUUCAACAAUCAGACAAACACUCAAACCACCUUCCAGAAUGGAACUUAUAUCAAACUUACAGAUACUUCAUUUGCCGUCGAUCUUGGUUUCAAAAUAACCAAUGUAACCAUGGUGUCGCAAAGUAAUAGCCUCACAUUCACCAAUGAGACCUACAGCCAGAUAGAGGAUUCAAUUAACAGCCUACUCCAUGAUAUUCUUUGUAAACCAGACAGCAAACAGUUUGACUUUCCCAAACCCAUCUUCACUACUGUUGGCACUCCAAUCAGGGCAGAAGUGAUGUAUGUAUACAAAAGGAAGACAUCAACCUCCCUAGUGCUUUUCUAGAGGAAGUCUUAAAAGUCUCAGGUCUCCUGCCAACCACUGUUGCCCCAACAACCACCACCACCACUGUGGCUUCCACUACGGCAAUUAAAACUGCAGGUCCUCCAACAACAACCACAAUUGUACUUCCUACAACGACAACUGCAACUUUGACCUCAACUUCUAU